AGUACUGAAUGCACCCAAUGCGUUCUGAAGUUCAUUAAGAAAAUAGUAAAUCCUUUUGUUUAUGGUCGUGCAAGUGAAAUUGAAAACAGUAAAAUACGAGUUUCUGAAUACGACGUGAAAAGCAACGUGAGGACAGUUUACUUUCUAAACAGUUGUUAUACUAUCGCAAGUGUUUUGAAUUUUAAGCUUUAAAUAUAUGAAGUUGUGUGAUAAAAUACUAGGGAAAAUAGUUACACAAAAUAUUGCAUGCACAUAAUCGAGCAACGUUUAAACCAAAUUAGGCGGGAAACUUAGAAUUCGAAUCAAUCAUGAAGAGAAAAGCCAGAAAAACGAGACGUCAGAUUUUGGCAGAAAAGACUGCAGCACAGCAGCUGCUGAUCAACAAAGCGAACACAUUGAGCAAUCCUUUGGAUACUCUGCCCGAGUUUCAUGAGUACGUUACAAAGAAUGACGAUGUGAUAAAAAUCUCUUGCACCAGGGCUAAGAAUGCACAGUCAGAAUGUCUCUCUUGGAUUUUUGAUAUUAUGGAGAGAAAUGUGAAAGAUAUGUAUAAGCGAUCUAGUUGGGGCUGGGAUGCGGCUGAGAAACAAGCAGAACUGACAGAGGAAACAGCUUGGUACCUGGUAGCAUCGUGUAACAAUACAUUUCUAGGAUUUUCACAUUUUCGAUUUGACAUUGACCAUGGUGAUGUGGUGUUAUAUUGUUACGAGUUACAAUUAGAGCCAUUGAUCAGGCGCAAAGGACUUGGCCGUUUUAUGAUGUCGGCCUUGGAAUCUAUGGCAAGUCAGAACCAAAUGCAAAAAGUUGUCUUGACUGUUUUCGCGCACAAUCCAACGGCAAUACAAUUUUUCUUUGCCCUUGGGUAAGGAGAACUCUACAAGUACUAAUGCAAAUAUCAGCAUUCACAUCAUUAAUACAAAUUAGACCAUACGAGCCCACCUGCUUCGGCGAAGUUGGAUUACAUGAUCUUGAGUAAACAAAAUUUACGCGGAUAAAUAGAAAGCAAUACUUACUUAUGCUAAAUACUUUCUUCCUGAUUAAGACUGCGUCUUGUGAAACAAAAUUGGUAGUAUUUGAUGUGGACACAAGUUUAUAACGGGCGACUUCAGAGAUGGUCCAACAUUGUGGAACGUUAGGGGCGCUUUGCUUAUCGUCCAGUCUUCCAUGUCAUUGAGAAAUUUCGUUAAGUCGAUCUCGCCCGAUUCCGAGACGUUGAAGUGUCGUAGGAGAGGAUUGUUGAAACACAUAUCUAAGGCAGGUUGAUGCAACACCAUACCGAUACCUUUGCCGGCGCCCUCGGGUAUCGGAAAUACUCGAAGACUAAUGAUGCUUAAGUCUACUGGAAGAUCGUAUCGAAGCGGCGAGAAAUGCGCAUGCAGAUCGAAUGGCAGAGAGUUGUGAGGAUGCAACGCUACCACUGGAUGCAGUAACUCUUCCAAUGCCAGAUGACCACUCAAGGACAACAGUCCCGCGGGAUGAUUUGCUGGUGGUACUGUGGAGGGACAGUUCGUCUCUUUCUUCUCCAAAAUUAACGUGAACAUAUGGUUUGUUAACAGGUUGUCCAUUACACCUUGUCCCAACCCUCGAUUGUCAUCUUGAAGCAAUCUUCUGUCUUGCAUAAUCUAUUUGUAAAGCUCUGCUUAGAAUCUAUUAUGUAUUGUACAAUCUAUUCAUAAGAAUUUUUUUAAAAUAUUAUAUAUUACAUUCAAUCUAUGUCUCAGUAAAUUUUCCUGAAGAAACUUA